AUGGCGGGUCAGGAGCUGUGGCAGGCCAUGGCUGGACUGGAGUCUUGGCUAGCCAUGGUGGGUCUGGUCGAAACCACAGUGAAUCUUGCUUUUGGAGGAACAGCUGUCCAGUCUUCCACAUACGAUCAUUUAACAGCUGCUCAAAAUGCUGUCGAUGGCAACAGAAAUUCAGAUUACACUAGUGGGUCAUGCAGUCAUACUAAGGGGGACUGGAACCCCUGGUGGAGAGUUGACUUGCUGAAAACCUACAGCAUAACCAGUGUUAGCAUCACUAAUCGAGGAGAUUGUUGUGCAGAGAGAAUAAAUGGUGCUCAGAUCCGUAUCGGCAACAGCCUGGAAAAUGAUGGCAAUGAUAAUAAUCUGGCUGCGACUGUUGUGUCCAUCCCACCUGGAGAGACACAAACAUUUAAGUUUAAGCCUAUUAAGGGGCGAUAUGUCAACAUCUUUAUACCCUUCCGCUCUGAAUAUCUCACACUGUGUGAGGUUGAGGUGUUUUCAGAUUAAGUGGAAUGAGAUGAUGUUACACCACAGUCCACUGAUCCUAUAAGCAAAAUACCAAACUACUGUUUUCUGAGCAAUACUAAUAUUGCACUUUUUUCAUUGUUUUCAUUUUACCUGUGCACCUUUUAUCCUUAAGAUAAA